AUGACGCCAGCGACACCGCCAAGGUCAAGAAAUAGAAGGUCCGCAAGAGCUGGAACGAAUUCUAAAGGGUUCAUCUCGCCGACAACUCCUCAUCGACUCGAAGAAUUCGAAAAUCUGUUGACUCCUGCCACGUCAACGAGGCACAAGCCUGUCGUUUUGGAGAAGCUUCGAUCGCCAAUUCGCGGGCUUAAAACUCCAGAAUACACGCCUGCAAAGCUUCCGUCAAAAAGGCGACUUGAUGCGGCAAAAGGAGAAGACGGGUUUGGAAGCGUCAGCCGCGUCUUGUUCCCAACUCAAAAUUCAAGCACAACUCCACAACUCACUUCAUCGACAGAAUCGGGCACGAACCGCGAUUCUGCCCCUCAGCUUCUGCUGGCAGAGGCUCCUGCUCUGCAUUACUCGAAAUGCACCGGUUUAGAAGUAUCCUCGGUUUUGGAGAAACAGCAAGACACAAAAGACGUUCAUUCUACAAUUAAAAUAAGCAAACAAACUCCAGGAACACCAAGCGACAAAAUUGUCACGUUCGAAAUGGCCAACGACUGGAACAAUAACUCAGGAUCGCGUUUUUCUUCUGAUGAAGAGGGAGAAGAAGUAGAUCAUCAAAUUAGGAAAACACAGUUGGAAAAUCCUUUCGAAUCUAACGAUUAUGCGGACCGUGAGACAAGAAGUCGGCGGCAAAAAGCACUGCUAGCAAGUGAUCCCCAGCUAAAAGAUAAAAUCACUUGUAGGGAUCGCUUAGGAAAUAUAGUCAAAGAACGGCGUUUAACUAAAGAGGAGCAGGAACAAUUUAAGCCAAAGGCUCUGUUUACAAAGGAAUUGGAACGGAGAGGAAACAAAGACGAGUAA